UUGAACUACACCCUAAAGUCACACAUGAUGGUUAUCUCACCUGCAAAGCGCAUUCGUGAAACAUUACCGGAGGAACUUAUUUCAGAGAUAUUGUCAUUGCUUAAAGUGAAAUCACUUUUGCGAUUCAAAUGCGUGAACAAGUCUUGGAACUCGCUCAUCUCCGAUCCAUUCUUCGUCAAAAUGCACCUCAUCAAAUCUUCACCAAACCCACACAUCCUUCUUUCCUCAACAUACUUUUCAAGUACUUGCAAUGUUGGCAUACACAAUCCUUCCACACUACGCAGUUUGCCUGAGAAUCGCUCCAUCAAUCUUUUCCCGGAAGUUUCUAAAUAUAAGUUGAUGGAAAAACGUUGUCAUAUUAUUGGUUCCUGCAAUGGAUUGACUUGUUUGGUGAUUUCUCCGAGUUCUCGUAAGAAUGAAUUCUAUCUAUGGAAUCCAGCAACCAGGUGGUUGUCUCAAAAAGUAGGCUCUUUUCACCGGGGUCGGGGUCGUAAUACCGCUUUCGAGUUCUCAUUUGGUUAUGAUAAUUUAAUUGAGAAAUAUAAGGUGGUGGCCUUCCGUCCUAAGGAGGUCAGAGUUUUCAAUAUUGGUGAUAAUGUUUGGAGACAUGUUCAAAGUUUUCCUAUGGAACCUUAUCGGUAUAGUUACACUUACAACCAACUGAAUGCUGGUGUCUAUUUGAAAUUGAAUAAUAGCCUCAAUUGGUUUGCCCUUGGUGAUAAUACCCGACCUUAUUAUUAUGCUCUUCAACAAUUUUUUAUUAUCUCACUUGAUUUGGGAACAGAGACCUACACACACUUUUUGUUCCCUCGGGGAUUUGAAGAGUCAGUUGUUCGCCCAAUUGUUUGCGUAUUGAUGGAAUGUCUUUGUGUUUCUCACUAUUCCAAAGGGUUUGAUUUUGUUAUAUGGCAGAUGAAGGAAUUUGGAGUUGGAGAGUCAUGGAUGAAAUUGCUUAAAUUUGAUUCACAUGGAGUUGUUAAUAUGUUGCCAUUACAUGUUUUCGAGAAUGGAGAUACGCUGAUAUUUGCGAGCUGUCCUAACGAAAUAACUUGCUAUAAUAGCAGAGAAAAUAGACUAGUAAGGCAAACUACAGUUACAAAUAGCAUACAUAUAAAUUGGUUUAAUGUGACCCAUUACGUUGAAAGUUUGGUUUCAACCUAUUGAAAGAAGGAAAAUGAAGAUCGGGGCAAAGAGGAGGACAUGUCGAGGGAACAUGAUUCAGCUACAAAUGAUUCACCAUUGUAGCUUAUAAAACUUCAAUUUGUCCAAAUGCUACCACUUUUAGAUGGCUACUUCAUGGAAUUUUCAAAAUGUAUUGGUCCAAAUAAGCCAUUUGAGUUGUAUUCUAUGAAAGUUUAGAUUCACUUUUCUCUCAACUGAUUUAUAGUUUAAUAUUUAAUUGCUUAUUCAAACCCAAAAUGAUUGCUAACUCAUGUGAAGGUGUUGAAUAAAAUCCUAUUUAUAGA